AUGGAGAAUUCCUCCGCCGCGUCAGCCUCGUCCGAGGCUGGGAGCAGCCGCUCGCAGGAAAUCGAGGAGCUGGAGCGUUUCAUUGACAGCUACGUGCUCGAGUACCAGGUGCAGGGGCUGCUGGCCGACAAGACGGAGGGGGACGGCGAGAGCGAGCAGACCCAGUCCCACAUCUCCCAGUGGACAGCGGACUGCAGUGAACAGCUGGACAGCAGCUGUUCCUUCUCCCGAGGGCGAGCCCCCGCACAGCAGAAUGGCAGCAAAGACAACUCUCUGGACAUGCUGGGCACGGAUAUCUGGGCUGCCAACACCUUUGAUUCCUUCAGUGGUGCCACCUGGGACCUGCAGCCCGAAAAGCUGGACUUCACGCAGUUCCACCGGAAGCUGAGACACACGCCCAAGCCGACCCUGCCACACAUCGACCGGGAAGGGUGUGGAAAAGGGAAGCUAGAAGACGGGGACGGGAUCAACCUGAAUGACAUUGAGAAGGUCCUCCCGGCCUGGCAGGGCUACCACCCGAUGCCCCACGAAGUAGAGAUCGCCCACACGAAGAAGUUGUUCCGGAGGAGGAGAAAUGACCGAAGACGGCAGCAGAGGCCUCCGGGAGGGAACAAGCCCCAACAGCAUGGUGACCACCAGCCAGUCAGUGCCAAACACAACAGGGACCACCAGAAAUCCUACCAGGGGGGCUCGGUGCCUCACCCCUCAGGGAGGCCCACUCAUCACGGCUACAGCCAGAACCGGCGCUGGCACCACAGCAACAUGAAGCACCCGCCAGGCGACAAGGGGGAGGCAGGCGCCCACCGCAAUGCCAAAGAGACCGUGACCGUGGAGAGCCCCAAACUUGAGGAUGCCCUGGGGGACACCGGGCACGGCAGCCUCGAGCCCCCCCGCAGCCCUGAUGCCCCAGCCUCAGUGGCUUCCGAGAGGCUGCCCCCACCGCAGCCGGGGGGUCCAGAGGCCGAGACAAAGCGUAAAGACAGUAUUAUUCCCGAGCGCAUCGGGGAGCGGCCCAAAAUUACCCUGCUCCAGUCUUCCAAAGACAGGCUGCGGCGAAGGCUGAAAGAAAAGGAUGAAGUGGCCGUGGAGACCACCAACCCUCAGCAGAACAAGAUGGACAAGUUGAUUGAGAUCCUCAACAGCAUGCGGAACAACAGCAGUGACGUGGAUGCCAAGCUCACCACCUUCAUGGAGGAGGCCCAGAACUCGACCAACUCCGAGGAGAUGCUGGGAGAGAUCGUCCGGACCAUCUACCAGAAGGCCGUGUCCGACCGCAGCUUCGCCUUCACGGCCGCAAAGCUCUGCGACAAGAUGGCACUCUUCAUGGUGGAGGGGACCAAGUUCCGGAGCCUGCUCCUCAACAUGCUUCAGAAGGACUUCACGGUGCGGGAGGAGCUGCAGCAGCAAGACGUGGAGCGCUGGCUUGGCUUCAUCACCUUCCUGUGCGAGGUGUUCGGCACCAUGCGCAGCAGCACGGGCGAGCCCUUCCGCGUGCUCGUCUGCCCCAUCUACACCUGCCUCAGGGAGGGAGGAGCAGCCUCGGGAGCGGCGGAGGGGGGUCAAUCCGACCAGCCAGAGAAGCGGCCGGGGUUUAGCAACAAGGAGGUCGGGGGCCCGUGGUGUCAGUGGGGCGAGCACGGACGCCACGUGAGGCCACGCUGCGGAGUCAGUGGAGAUGCCUGGGCCCGCACCUUCCAGCGGGAUAGUCCACUGCAGAGCACAGGCCGGCUGCUGGAGGAGCAGCUGCCCGAGAUGAUGACCGAGCUCCUGGCCAGCGCCCGCGACAAGAUGCUGUGCCCCUCAGAGUCCAUGCUGACCCGGUCGCUGCUUCUGGAGGUCAUCGAGCUCCAUGCCAACAGCUGGAACCCUCUGACGCCCCCCAUCACGCAGUACUACAACAGAACCAUCCAGAAACUGACAGCCUGACAGCCAGGGGGCCUGGCGGGCGGCCCGCGGGCAGCUGGGGCCCUGGUACACAGGGCCAGAUGGACAGGCGGGAGGACAGGGGUGGCCCUGGCGGGAGAAAGAAAUGGGAAGGAAAGCAGACAGAGCCGGCGGCCAGUCUGGAGCCAGACCGGGAAGGAGUGCCC